GCACAUAUAAAAAAAAAAUAUAUAUAAAUAUAUAAAGAAUUAGAGCUCGGUGAUAAUAUCGCGUUCUCGCGUCGGCGCGACAACACGAGCCAUUUCGCGAUUGGCAUCGUGAUUUUUGUGAUAAUUCCCCGGAGUCAAGCCCGCGCUCAUCACGAUGAAUGGUGGUUACCUCGAUGGCGUGACACCUCAUCCGCACCCGCUCAGCAACCUGGGCCUCAAACUGUCGCCCGGAGGCGGCGGCGUUACCGGAGGAUCGAGCGACAUCGGCGGCGGUAUUCAACCGCCUCCGGACGAGACGUCCUCUCAACAGCACCAUCAUCACUUUCAUCCCCAAACGUACCCGUCGCAUCAUCCACACGCAGCGACCCACGUGACCCCGCACAUGAGUCACCACAUGAGCCACCACCCGGGUUACGCGCGAGACUACCUCCUGCGAACACGGGAUCACGAGUUUUCGACGGCGAGUCCCACCACCCCGGAGAGCGGCCUGGGUCUGUUCCCGCAGCUACACCAUGAGAGCACCGCCGCGACGAUGCAGCAGUUCUCGCACCAUCCCAGUCAACAUCCCCUGGCGGCCAGUCAUUACGCCGCGCAUUACCCGCAGGACUCGAGGCUACCGCCGCCCCAGUACCUCAGCGCGUCUCACCUGGCGCCGUCGUCGAUUCACCACCAACAGCACCCGGUCGUCGGUCACCCACCUCAUCAUUCGAGUUUCAUGAGAUACAUGAGGCCCGGCGGCGCCGGCGGCGGCGGCCCGAUCAACGCCGUCGCCGUCGCCGGCGGCCAACGUCAAGACAUGUCUUGCAUGUGGAUGGAUCAGGACGGACCGGGCAAGAAUAUCUGCGGCAAGACCUUCAACAGCCUCCACGACAUCGUGGCGCAUCUCACGGUGGAACACGUGGGCGGACCCGAGUGUACGACGCACGCGUGCUACUGGCAGGGCUGCGCGCGUAACGGUAGGUCCUUCAAGGCCAAGUACAAGCUCGUCAAUCACAUAAGGGUGCACACCGGCGAGAAGCCCUUUCCUUGCCCGUACCAGGGAUGCGGCAAAGUCUUCGCCCGGUCGGAGAAUCUCAAGAUACACAAGAGAACGCACACCGGCGAGAAACCCUUCAAGUGCGAAUACUCCGGCUGCGACAGGCGGUUCGCCAACAGUAGCGAUCGUAAGAAGCACAGCCACGUUCACACGUCGGACAAGCCUUACAAUUGUCGAGUAAACGGCUGCGACAAGUCCUAUACGCAUCCUAGCUCACUGCGCAAGCACAUGAAGGUACACGGCGUAUCGUGCCCUAAUGAGGGCAAAGUUGGCAGUGGAUACGACAGCGACGGUGAGGAGAGCACAAGCAGCGGUGGUAGUUUAUCGGUGACCGGGCAUACGGAAUCACCCCAACCACCACCAGUUGUACCGGUAGCUCCGACGACGACGACGACGCCGACGAACGCACCACCUACGAGUCAUCUUUCCGCCCGUAGCGCGGACUUAGGUAAUUGGUACGUUUGUCAACCACCGACGACGGCGUCUCAACAUAGUCCUCUACCUGGACCGCCACCGCCGCAUCACAUCAGCCACUUUCAAAUCUUACAUCAUCAAGCAACCGCUUAUUAAUCAGAUUAUUACAGGUAGGAAGAUAAGACCGAAUCGUUCUCGAGUCUCUCCCGUGUCGGGAAACAUGAAACAAAACGGGCCUCGUGAAAACGGGGUGCUAUCUCGCGAAAAGGAAUUUGUGGAUGACAGUCGAUCGAUUCAUCGAAAUCCUCGAAAAGAUGUUUCAAGAGUCCAACUAUGUAGUAACGCAUCUGUAUGCCUAUUUUGCAACUUUUAGCGCAAGGACAAAAUUACGGGAAUUACAAAAUUUUAUACAAGUUUAUGAAAUUUUAUGUAAUUACGGAAUAGGUUACAAAACAUGCCUAUUUUGCAACUUUUAG